UUGGGUUUUUUGGAGAAAUGACCAUAGAGAUUUAAAUCAAUGGUUGUCUAAUCUAUGUUAAUUCUCAAUCCUCUAUUGACUCUUCUCAUCUCCUUUUCUCUCUCCCCAGUUCCUGGUUAUUAAAGCAAUCAGGUGAUUCAAAUCUUUAAUCUUUUAAUCCCGGCAGGCCUAUCUGAAACAACAACCUCCGUUUGAGGUUUUGCCGGGAAAAUAUAAAGUUCACAGGCUUUGGUCUCUGCAUUUGCAAUAUAUUUAAAAUGGCAGCAGCUUUCUUGAAUCUUGGCGGCUAUGUUUUCGUUUUCUUCUCUUCGUUCUUAGCUAUAGUGGCCCCACAGGUUCGAGGCAAUGUUGCUGUCUUUGAUAGCUACUGGACGCAACGACAAAGUGAUGCAUUGAAACAAACCAUCGGCUCUUACGAUCCUCAUCCACUUAACGUCACCAACCAUUUUAAUUACCAUGUCAAUAUAGCAGUGGAUGCAUCGGAAUCAAGGAACGAUACAAGGAGAGAGCUUACUCAGGUGAGAAGUGGUCGUAAAACGCACAAAAGCAGCGGAAAAUGCCUAGCUUAUAACCCGAUAGACAACUGCUGGCGAUGCGAUCGUAACUGGGCUAAUAACCGGAAGAAACUAGCCGACUGUGUGCUCGGAUUCGGCCGGAGAACCACCGGAGGAAAAGACGGACCGAUAUACGUCGUCAAAGACGCGUCUGACAACGAUCUUAUCAACCCUAAACCAGGAACGUUAAGGCAUGCAGUGACUCGAGACGGACCGCUUUGGAUCAUAUUCGCAAGAAGCAUGAUCAUAAAACUGCAACAAGAACUGAUGAUAACGAGCGACAAAACAAUCGAUGGAAGAGGAGCUAGGGUUUACAUCAUGGAAGGUGCUGGAUUAACGUUGCAAUUUGUGAAUAAUGUGAUCAUUCACAAUAUUUAUGUCAAGCACAUUGUUCCUGGGAACGGUGGGUUGAUCAGAGACUCUGAGGCUCACAUAGGGCUUAGGACAAAAAGUGAUGGUGAUGGAAUCAGUUUGUUUGGAGCAACCAAUAUUUGGAUCGACCAUGUCUCAAUGACAAGAUGUGCAGAUGGUAUGAUCGAUGCUAUUGACGGCUCCACUGCUGUAACUAUUUCCAACAGUCAUUUCACCGACCACCAAGAGGUGAUGUUGUUUGGGGCGAGGGACGAACACGUGAUCGACAAGAAAAUGCAGAUAACGGUUGCGUUUAACCACUUCGGUAAGCGAUUGGAACAGAGAAUGCCUCGUUGCAGAUACGGAACGAUACAUGUGGUGAACAAUGACUACACACAUUGGGAAAUGUAUGCAAUUGGUGGGAACAUGAACCCUACAAUUAUUAGUCAAGGCAAUCGUUUCAUUGCUCCUCCUAAUGAAGAAGCCAAACAGAUUACAAAAAGAGAGUACACACCAUACGGUGAAUGGAAAUCUUGGAAUUGGCAAUCAGAAGGAGAUUACUUUCUCAACGGAGCUUAUUUUGUGCAAUCCGGAAAAGCAAAUGCGUGGAGCUCUAAACCGAAAACCCCGCUCCCAAACAAGUUUACAAUUCGACCUAAACCGGGAACGAUGGUCCGGAAACUUACCAUGGAUGCAGGAGUACUUGGCUGCAAACUUGGUGAAGCUUGCUGAUUACAUAACCAUUUUGCCCCCUUCCAACAAACAGCCAAAGCUUUUGCCCUGUUUUUGCUUGUUGUUCAAGAAAAACAAUAUGGAGAGAGAGGAGAGAAAACGAAAGAGAAUGUUUUUCUAUGAAUGGUGUUUUGUAACUAAGACUGCAUAUAUAAUGCGCAGUUUUCGGAUUAUUAUUCUUAAUAGGAUCCAGGUUCCUUUUUCUACGGAAAAAUGAGAAAAUCAAAAUACCUUAGAUCUUUAUACUAAUUAUACAAUCUCCUCGUAAUACUUUCAUCAAUUAGCUCUCUUAUCUUGUCUCGAAUGUUAUUAGCUAUAUGGACCAAAACAAUAUCUUGAAGAGUUGCAAAAUUUGACCA